UGGUGGCUGAAGCUGGGAGCGCGGAGGAGAAAACACGGAGAGGAAGAUGGAGGAGAGCGCCAGAGAGCUCGACACUGGCAGUGAGGCAGGAGGAGACGAUGCUUUGGUGGGAAAUGUGAGCAAACUGACAGUCACUCCUCCAGGAUACACAGGAGCGCCCAGGAAAGGACACCUCAUCUUUGAUGCCUGCUUUGAGAGUGGUAAUCUGGGCCGUGUAGACUACAUCAGCGAGUUCGAGUUUGACCUCUUCAUCCGGCCCGACACAUGCAAUCCUCGCUUCAGAGUGUGGUUUAACUUUACUGUCGAGCAUGUCCGGGAGACACAGAGGGUGAUCUUCAACAUCGUAAACUUCAGUAAGACGAAAAGCCUCUACAGAGAUGGGAUGGCCCCAGUGGUGAAGUCCACCAGUCGGCCUAAGUGGCAAAGAUUGCCAGCCAAGAAUGUGUAUUACUACCGCUGCCCAGACCACCGGAGGAACUACGUCAUGUCUUUUGCCUUCUGUUUCGACCGAGAGGAUGACGUGUACCAGUUUGCCUACUGUUACCCCUACACCUACUCCCGCCUACAGCACUAUCUGACCAGCCUCGAGCAGCGGAACCUAGACUACCUAAAGAGAGAGCAGCUGGGCCUCAGUGUGCAACAACGAAGGCUUGACCUGCUCACUAUCACCAACCCAGCCCACCUGAACCCAGAGCGAGAGAAGCGUGUGGUUUUCCUCACAGCACGUGUUCACCCUGGAGAAUCACCUGCUUCCUUCAUCUGUCAGGGUGUUAUCGACUUCUUGGUCAGCCAGCACCCCGUGGCUCAAGUCCUGCGUGAUCAUGUGGUCUUUAAGAUUGUGCCCAUGCUCAACCCUGACGGUGUCUACCUGGGAAACUACAGGUGCUCUCUGAUGGGUUUUGACCUGAAUCGCCACUGGCAAGACCCUUCCCCAUGGGCUCACCCCACUCUCCACGCUGUCAAACAACUCAUCGUCCAGAUGAACCAGGACCCUAAGGUGAGCUUGGAGUUCUACAUUGACGUGCAUGCUCACUCAACCAUGAUGAACGGCUUCAUGUAUGGUAACGUGUUUGAGGAGGAGGAGCGUGUGCAGAGGCAGGCCGUCUUCCCCCGCCUGCUGUGCCAGAACGCACCCGACUUCUCUCUCUCCAGCACCUCAUUUAACCGCGAUGUGGUGAAAGCUGGGACUGGCCGGCGCUUCCUGGGGGGGCUGCUGGACGACACGUCCUACUGCUACACCCUGGAGGUGUCCUUCUACAGCUACCUCGCUGCAGGCAGCACCACUCCCGUCCCAUACACAGAGGACAGCUACAUGAAGCUGGGAAGAAAUGUUGCAAGGACGUUCCUGGAUUACUAUAAACUAAACAACCUGAUUGAUGACAAUAAAUUAUCAAGUCAUAUUAACAGUGUGGAUAGCGUACCUCCUGGUCGCCAGGGGAGUAACGCUGGAAACGGAAGGAAUCAAAAUGGGGAGAAAAGUGAGAGAAGAUUCCAAGGAGUCAGAGACUACUGAAGCACAAUAUAACACACGUUCCCAAGCACAAACACGCAGCGUCUUGUGGACACUCAGGACAUGGAUCCUUUAAAGAAAGGACAAAAAAAAGAGGUCAUCAUCAUUUACAAUCUGUUUCUGGACUCACCUGAUAUCGGCAGUGUCUUUAAGUCUCUACACAAAUACUUUAUUACUUGAAGACAUCAAGCGUUGAAGGAUAAUGAUUGUUUUGAUUUGCCUUUUUUUUGCCUUUUUGAAAUACCAACAACAGUGUGCUUUGCCUUUUGGAGUUGCCUCUUAUCUUCAUAGAAGAUGUAUUUAAUUCAGUUGCACUUAUUCCUGUAAAGUGAUUGCAUGCAUUAUCUUCAGAGUGCUGUGUUUUGAGUUUAUCUUUAUUCUCUGGUACUUGUCUCGCUUAUGUGAAUGCAUUAAGAUUGUUUUUAUAAGGAAAAUGUGAUUACUGUGAUGGUUCAUUGUAUUUGAGAAUUGUACUCACAGGCUUUAGCCAACGCUUUUUAAUUUGCAAUUUAUGACUAAGUGCUUUUGUUCAAAGACAGUUUUGAAAUUUCUGUUACAAAAACAAUCUUUUGAUUUCUCACUCUCACAGCAUUAUCUCAGGGUGGAGACUGUCAACUCAUUGUCUGCUGAGAUCCACCAAAUUAUCAUACCAUACAUUAAAUAUAUACUACAGUU